UCAACUCACUUGCUAAAAAACUGUAGACAACCACUUGUCAUCAUUAAUACUCAACUCAACAAUGGCUGACUAUAUAACAGUUGUGGAAGUAGACGAUCCAACUUCCCAAGAUCCCAACCUUUUACUGCGCAAAACUCCACCACACACACCCAGCGAUGAAGAUCCCUCCUUUAUCACAGUGCUAUCGAUAAACAAUAACAACCACCUGCCCCACAACAACAAUGUCAAGAGUGUAGACUCCAACCCUGAACUGGAAACAGUGGUGGUUUUCCGUUUGCCAGGAGAACGUUUGGGUUUUGGUCUUAAAUUCCAGGGAGGCACUAGAAGUACCGAGAAAGUACAAAAACUGUAUAUACAGUCGUGUGCCAAGGAAAGUCCCGCCUCCAAGGUGGUCACUUCGUGGGGUCAGCUGAGGGAGGGCGAUGAAAUAGUUAAGAUCGAUGAUAAUUUGGUGAGAGACAUGACUAGAAUAGAGUGUGUUAAGGGUUUGAAAGAUAAUGUGGCCAUUAAAUUGGAGGUGCGUAAUGGUAGGGGUCUAAAGCCACAAGACUUAGAAGAGGACUUUGAACAUGGGGGCCGAUUAAGCACCUUCACGGGGGGUAGUGGCAAAAUGAAAGGAGCACCACCACCACCGCCACCAGUGCCACCCAGAAAGUUGGUGAAAAAACUAACCACACACAAUACACAAGAGCAUAAUCAACAAAAUAAUGAGCUAACAGAAGUGGAUAGUAACCAAGAUAAAUCCUUUACACCACCCCCGGAUGCAGAGUUUUAUAUCAAUUUAUUUGCGGAAAAUAAUUCAAAUAAUAACUCAGCACAUAACACAUUAAGGCAUCACAAUGCAGAGUCAGAAUCCGAUGACACAGCCAGCACUAUUUCAACAGUUAUAGAUCGUUAUUCUAUUACUUCUACAUACUCCUCAGAAUCGGAUUUAUCAGGCUUUAACUCUUUGACUAAUGCCCAAGGGGGAGUGAUAAAUAAACCAGAAUUGGCUAAAGUUUUAAAGCCAUUUACCCUGCUGGAGCAGGAGUUUAAUUUAAGUCCUAACUCGGAGGAAGCUUUAACCAGUGUUUUGGAUGCUACUUUGGACUUGGAUUUGAAUAAUAUUUCCCUAAUACCGGGUAAUAAUUAUGAGAAUAUCGAAUUUAAAACCCAAAAAAUCAAUGUCUAUGAGAAUAUGGAAUUGAAACCCAAAGAGCAGCAGCCAGAAGAACAAUUAGCUAAAACAGAAAUUAAGGAGGAAGAGGAGGUAAAACCCAUAACACCCACACCCAAACCCAGACAGGUUACGGCUCACAUAGAGCCCAAGAAAAGAUCCAUCAUACCCAUGCCCAGGAAAUUAUCCAAUACGGGGAAACAAGCCAUAGAGGUGGCCCCGCCCAAGGUGCCUGAAAAUGUUGUGCUAAAGCUGCCAGCUAACACACCCACCACGCCCACAAAUGACUUCAUAGAACCCAAAGAAUUGCCAGCUAAAGUUAAUUCCCCCACACCCUCAAAUACUGCUUCAAAUGCUAAAGAAUUUGCCACCAAAAUACCCAAAGCCAUUUUGUCGCCCUUGAGCCAACAAAAAUUCCUGGAACGGGCCAAAACCGAAAGUGAAAUUAAACUUAAAACACCCACAAAACUGGAAAAACUGAAACUACAAUGUAACGACUUUUUGGAGAAGGAACAAAACCAUAAACAAAAUAAAACUCCUUCACCCACCAAAUCCCGCAUACCCAUACACUUAACAGCCAAACGUUCCUUGGAUUUGGAAUCAGCCAGCAACAAAAGCAAUCACAUUAAGUCACCCACAAAUAUACCCAGACGUUUAACCAAACAGAAAUCUGAAACAGAUUUGAAUCUCAAUUAUUUAAUAAACGCACGUUCCAAGGAAUCUAGUCCUUUUAAUACUACAAAUUCCAAGAUACCUUUACAGCGCACCAUCUCCGCGGAAGCUAAAUUCAAAAGUCCCGAUCGCACUCUAAUACCUAUACUGCAGCAGAGUUUGGGCUCCACUUUAACAUCCUCCUCGGAGAGUAUAAGCAGCACAGCUUCGGGCUCAAAGAAUCGCGGACCCAAACCCAAGCCACCAGAAAGAGUACAGUCCUUGCCCAAAACCAAUAUACCCAAAUUAACGCUCAACAAUGUAACCACAGUGGCCGUAAUGGAUAGGACACUAGCGCCCUCCAGUCCGCCCUCAACUAACAUGCCCAUAAUGCUCACAUUCAAACAAACCUCACCCAAACCUCAAGAUAAACCUGCCGACAAGCCAUCGACUCCUCCAUCACCCAAUCGUGAGAUACUUUUUAAAAUACAAACCUAUGAAAGUAAAUCACAGACCAAUAAGGAUACAGCACAUGUAUUCCAGGAACAAGAGGAGAAUCUACCCAGUCUGUUUGAACAACAAAGACGUAGUUCACCACACAGUGAACGCAAAACCGAGGAAUCUUCGUCUUCAGCAAACAACUCCAAAGAAUCAUCGCCUUCUGCCAACAUACGCAAUUUAUUUAAGGAAAUAACCGACAAUCAAGACAAACUGGACGAUGAUGAGGACUUGGAUUGCACCACUCCUCCACCUUUGGUGGUGGGUAAAUGCAUGAAAAUCGAUGAUUCUUCCACACCUUUGUACUACUCCAGCUCGAGCAGUGAUGAGGAUGAUAUGCUGGAAACCAAUGGCUAUUGUCAUGAUGAGGAUAAGGAUUAUAUAUGUGAAGAUGGUGAGAAAUUGGGGCCACCGGAGCUGAUAAAUGGUCCGGGUCCCUCGGAGGCCUAUUUCAAUCUGUAUUGGCAUUCAAAUAUGCUGCCUACCAUAGGUGAAGUGGAGGAGGAAUGUUCUUCAUUGGAGCCGCAAUCGUUGACCAAUGGACCCAUUGUCAUAGUCGAUGACUUGAGUCAACAGAAACCGGCGAAUAAAACAGAAAACGAGCAGCUAAAAGAAGAAGUGAAAUUAGUGAAAAAAGAAGAGCAGACAACUGCUAUCAGUUUAAGUACAACAAAGCCCAAGAAACCUGUAUUCAUAGGAGUACCAGUGCUGCCGCCUACGGUGCCGGUAACAGAGUUACAAAGUUUGAAAAAGAAGGAUACGAAAGAUAAAACGAAAAUGAGUGAAACAAAGGAAGAAAGUGAAAGGAACUUAAAGAAUGGGAAUGGAAAAGUAACGAAUGAAAAUCAAGAAGUUGAGGAUGAAAAAGAAAUGGUGGAUAAUGGAAAAGUAAAAGAAUUUACUGAAGAAAAGGAGGAGGAAAUCAAGGUUAAGGAAAUUAGUAAAGAAUUGAAAGAAAUUGAAAGUGUUAAGCAGGUGGAGAAAGCUGAAGAACAAACCCAUAGUGAAAUACAAACAGCUACAGAAUCUUUCAAGUCGGCUUCUUCAGAGGUAACGGACAACAAAACUGCCUUGUCCGAGACUAGGCAGGAAGUCAAAACCGAAACCAAACAAACCACCACUAAAUCCACAACCUCCACCACCACUACCACCAAGAAGGUCAUCAAAUCCUCAACCACUUCUUCCACUGUUUUAGAAUCGAAAACUUGUGACAAUCUACUGGACUCUAUAGAUGAUUUACCGGAAGAAUUCAAAAAGGUAUUGGUAGAAUGCAAAACCCCCGACUCUCCCAAACCCAUUGCAUUCUCCCUGAAACCCUACAACGAACGCAAGGGAAAUACCAAGAUCACAGUGCUGGAGGAAAGACAAUUUGAGUCUGAUCAAAAGGCCUAUGCGGAAAUACGCACCCGUGACUCACAAACGGGCGAGGAAAAGAUACAAAAGUCCAGUGAAACGCACAAAGAAAAGGCAAAACUUAAGAAAGUCCAUAGUCAGGAUAGUCUCGACGACAAGGUUUCGGCGGCCAAUAAACAACAGCCGAUAACUGUUACCGCCCAAGCGGAAACAAGAUUAUCGGAAGAGGCCAUAAAUCCACCAGAUAAUCAAAGUAUUGUCAGAGGUAUUUUGAAUUUAUCGGAGUGUGGUAAACAACUGCAAGCCAACGACCAAGGUGGCAUCGACUUAAUGGAGUGUGAACAUCAAAUCCUUGAAACAUUUGAGGAUAGCGAGCAGAUUCUUACCGCCAACAAAGCAGAGAAUACGGCUGAGAAACCCUCGCUAACCAGAGAGAUCAGUGAAACCUUAAUGGUAACCAGAGAUGGGGAAAAGCAGGUGACCAAACGCUGUGAAAAAACUAAAGAAGAUUUGGAAAAAGAAUCCGGAUUUGACAAUAAUGAUUUGGUGCAAAACAUUAUGGAAAUGGAGGCACAAAAACUGAUUAAUGAGGAAACCCAACAGCUGAUAGAUACAGUUUUAAAAGAUGCUGAGAAGCAGGUGAACAAACGUUUGGAUGCAGCGAAAAAGGGUGCCAAAUUGGUAAAGAAAACGGAGGAGGAGAAGAAAUUGGAAAUGGAAGCCCAACAACUGAUAGAAAGUUAUCAAAAGGUGAAAAAAGAGGCCGAAAAGCUGUUCAAAUAUGAGGCCGUAAAUGAGCAGGGUUUCGAUUUGAGUGGUUUGGAAAAAGAAGACGUCAAAGAAGAGGAAAAAUCGCAAGAUAUUGAAAAGGAAGAGGUUGAAGAACAGGAAAAUCCUCAAGAAAUUGAAAAGGAAGAGGUUAAAGAAAAGGAACAACAAGAAGAAAAGCUAAAGGAAGAGCAGGAUGAAAAGGAAAAACAAGAAGAAAACAAAAUUGAGGAGGAGGAGAAGCUUAAAAUGAUGGUUUCUGAAAUUACAAAGGAGGAGACUGCCAGAAAAACUGAAGAGGUGGUUCAAACAACUGAAGUAAAGAAAGAAAUUUGCCAGGAAUUAAAGCAAAACACAGAAACUUCCAAAACUUUAGAAUUAACUAAGCAGCCCUUAAUGGAAACAACCACAUGCUUCGAGGAUUUCAAUGACAAUGAAACCUUGUAUGUUUUACACAAGAAUAUUAUAGAAACUAAAGAACUUACUGAAACAAAAGAAGAGAAGGUAAAGGAGAUUAAAGAAGACAACAAAGAAAUAUUUAAACAGAAACCUUUAGAGCAAAUUAAGGAGUCUUUAGCCAAAGAAACUGAAAAGAUUCAAGAAGAACCCAUUAAACUGGAAAAAAUUCCCAAAACUAAGGAGUCUUUAGCAAAAGAAACUAAAAGGAUUCAAGAAGAACCCACUAAACUGGAACCCAUUCAAACAAUUAAGGAGUCUUUAGCAAAAGAAGCUGAAAAGGAUGUGGAAACUCCCAUUAAGAAAGUUAAAGAAACUGAAAAGAUUCCGGAAGCCAAAACAGAAACUAAAGAACCCUCCAAAUCACAGGAAGUUUCUAGCAAAAUCAAGGCCGUUAAAUUGUCACCCAAACUAAAGAAAUCCUCAAAGAAAUCUGAACCUCCUAAAGAAGAGCCCUCUUCGCCGAAAAUGAAACCGAGACCAACACCCAAGCCCAAACCCCCAGUGCCUCAAAAGAGAACCGAAACCCCCGUCGUCAAACCCAUACCCAAACGCAGAGGUUCUUUGGAAACUUCCCACAACUCAGAACAAAAACUAGAAGCAGCCACUAAUAAACCACCAACUCCGAUAAUUGAAAUACCCAAACCUAUGGAGCGCAUUAUAGUGGGUGUUGAACAUAAUAUAGUUUUACCCACAGCCAUGAUUGAAACCGAAACAAAUACAGCUGCAGCAGCAACACCACCAUCACCUGUCAUUAUAUUAGCCAGCGAAACAUUGCCCUCGGUGGAGAAACAAUCGUCUCAUCACUCUAAUAUGCCUUUACUGGCUCAAACCAACUCCGGAGAUUUGCUGGAGACCAUCAAUUUGCCAAAUGUGGCCUCAAAAGCAGAGGUUUCUGCAGACAAUAAAGAUAUUUUGACUUCUUCAUCAUGUGAUUCGGUUAAAAGUGCCAUUAAAGUGGAGGCGAUCGUGCAGCAUACAGACGAUGAGGAUUACAGCGACCAGCCACAGGUGGAGCAGAUGGACGAGAUUAAUAUGCAGGAAGAGAAAGAGCAAAACGCAAAAGAUCUUGAACAAAGACAUUUAAACAAAAUGGAGAGCGGCCUGCAUGUAGUGCCACAAACAACACCCAUUAUUGUCAGUAGUAGUGAUUAUCUAACCACACUCUCGUCACCGCCAACCUAUUCACGCCUGCCACCGGAUGGUCAUGAGUUUCCACCCAAUUUCUCGGAACCUUUAAUUAUGCCAACAGCAGCAGCCGCCGCCGCAGCCAAUAUGAUGAAAACCACCAGCCUUUUGCAAAGUGUUACCACAACCACCCAGGCGCCGGGUCUCAACAACAGCAAUACCAUUUAUACCGAAAAGUUGUACGCCGCCUCGGCUGUGGGUCAAACAAUGGUGGCUAGUACUAGGACCACACAUGUGACCAGUACCACAAACAAUGGUGUUACCCAGACAGUAGUAGAAGUAGAGAAACAGAAGACAGCACCCAUAGUAAUAGAACAGGAAAUAGCCGCACCCCCGCCUUUGCCCAAGAGCACACCACCGCCCACAGUGCCGCGCAAGGUUUACAGACAGGAUUUGGUGGUGAAUAUGGAGGAUUCCAGAGCCACGCCCACACUAAUACAAGCUAAUACACCCACCAAAUUGAUCAUAGACACUAGACACCACAGUCGUUCCACACAAAAUCUUUCCAGUGGCAAUAGUAGUGGCAGUUCCACGCCCACCGCCCAGAAACUAGAAGCUCCUUUGUAUGACACACACACCACAAGCCACACAAGCAGCAGUGUCAAUGACUACAAACGUUCCUUAAGUGCUCCGCGCCGCUCCAGUGAUUGGCGCAAGGAUGAGAAAAGCGAAAAGAGUGUACGUGAUAAAAUUGCCAUGUUUUCCAAUGAUGAGGCCGCCACCUCACCCUCAGAGUCAGUAGUGGUCAAACCUUUAACCUUUUCGCGCAGUAAUAGUUCAUCCAAACCCUUAAAUUUAAGCACCGAAAAUCUAUUGGAUUCUUCCACGACACCACGUUAUUCCAAUGCGACAAAUUUGCAUAAAACUCGUGCCAUGAGUGUGGAGAAUCUGAAUGAGGUAUCACGCCACUAUCAACUAACCAAACAGUUGCCCAAUCAACAUGGCUAUUCCGAUUCCAUGCAUUCCCUCAACACUUUGGCCACAGACUACAACCAAAACUAUGCCUCGCUGCCUAGGCGUCAUGCUUCCACGCAACAUUUGGAUAGGCGCAUCAGUUUUUCGGGCCAACCGGCCUUUGUGCCCGAUGAGGCCUCACGCAAGGCAGCUAUAACCAAUAUCUUGGAACAAAGACGUCGUAGUUUGUCCAAGUUAAGGGGUCUGGUCAUACCCGAGAGGCCCCAUAUACCAAUUUCUACAUUAGAACCCAUUUUAGAUUUGCCUGAAAUCAAAAGUCGUGAUAGUGACCAGGUGAAGACAUCGGGCAAUUCCUCCUCUACCGAUUCUACGGACAGUGGUGUGGGUUCGGUAACGGGCUCCUGUUUAACAGUGCCCCGACCCGCCAAAAGAUCCGAACUAAGUGUUACUACUAAUAACAAUACCCUCAACUCAGCCUUGAGACCUUUGAAUAUUACAACGCACAGCAACACUUUGAAUAUAGCCAACAAUCGAGGAUAUCUCAGCCAAACACCAAAUCCUAGACAUGUUAUGCAUCAGCAAAUACCUUUAGUGGCCCAACGCCGAAUGGAUGUGUUAAAUACAGUGCCCCCGGCCAAACCGCCACGCACCUCUUUGGCUACAACGCCCACCAGACAGUUUUUGCAUGAAGAAAGUGAUUCUUGUGAUUCGGUGUUUUCCUCACGCAUCUCCUCUCCUCCCAUGUCUCCCUGUGUACCCCAGGUGCCGGAGAAAUUCGCCUUGACACGCACAUUAUCCUCGGAAACCAACACUUCCAUAGCCAGCUCCACCACCUCUACUUUGACUUCGGGCUCGGGAUCCCAGGCCAGCUGUUCAUCGGUGGGCAGCACUCCUACUGUGGAUAUGAGCCGUCGAGUCUUGAAAUCAGGUUCCAAUGACUCGGCCACCAAUCGCAAAAACAUUUUGGCCUCGGCCAAAUGUCGCAAUGGCCGCGGAGAUACUUCGGCCUUAAUGCGCAAUCGUAACUAUGAUGAUGAGGACAGCACCGAUGGCUAUGACGAAGAUGAGGUGAGAAGGCAUCAUAAAUCCAAGCCCCGUUCUUCCUUGGUAUCCAGCAGCAGUUCUUUGAUUACUUUGCCUUCCAAGGCAGCCUCACCCACGGCUCCCAUUAACUAUAAAUUGGUGAACAAAAGUGAUCAAAGUCUGGUGGACAAAGUCAUUAAUGUGGCAGCCUAUGUGGAGAUUACCUCCGAUACCGAUGACAGCAGUCGCCGUUCAGCAGACAGCAGCUCACCCCUUAAGCUCAGUGCCAUGUUUAUAGAUGAGGAACGCAAGCAAAGCUUUAAGGCAGAUCCCUUGCAAAAAGCUAGCACAAAGCCCAAACUUUUAAACAUAGUGCCCGCCAAAGUAGUGGCCCCCAUCAGUUCACAACCUGUACAACUCCUUAGUCCCCAAAGAGCCGUAGAGGCACCAUCGCCCAAAAAGUCUUGCGAGGCCAAUGAACUCUCUCAAUGGAUGCAUGUGGAGGUGGCCAAAUCGAAAGUUCUAAACAGAACUCCCGAAAGAUCUUUGAAGCCAGUAAGAGAGAAAUUUGAAAUGUCCGCGCACACAAAAACCACUUACACUAGUUUGUCCAGCAAGACUACCGCCAAAAUUAGCACCGCCGAGAUUCGAGAGAAAUUCGAACGCUCUGCAGCUUUAGCUAAUAAUAACAACAACAAUAAUAGUAGUAAUAAUAUGGUGAUGUCACCAGCAGUCUCUUCAUCCAGCCUGCUUAAUGUCAAGUCACAAAUCAAGGGCAGCAGCUAUCAUGAGAGAUUUUCAUCGCUGGACUCCAUAGCCUCCUCGUCGUCGGGUGUUAGUUCGACCACCACACAAAAUGUUUCAUCGACCCAAGAGAAUACCACAGAGUUUGGUAGUUUCUCUUCGCUUGGCAGCAAUCAGAGUUUGAUCACUGCUCAAGAUAUACAGCAAAUAAUAGAAGAAGCCGAUCCUCCUUUGAAGACGCCCGAAGCCUUUAUCAUUGUCUUGCAAAGAGAUACACCGGAAUCAAGUAUCGGCAUUACCUUGGCGGGAGGAUCCGACUAUGAAGCCAAGGAAAUCACGAUUCACAAAAUCUUAGCCAAUACCCCAGCGGCUAAGGAUGGUCGUUUGAAGAAGGGUGAUCGCAUAUUGGCCGUCAAUGGCAUGAGUAUGCGCGGCUUAACCCACCGAGAGUCAAUAACGGUGCUUAAGACCCCCCGUCCUGAGGUGGUGCUAGUGGUGACCCGCUCCGAAUCGGUGGUGGUGAAACCCUUAAGCAAAAAACGUUCCUCUUUGGGUUCUCUGUCCAGUCUCAACGAGAAACCCUGUGAGAUUGAUUACGAAAAGAAACGUAGCUACCACAAGGCUUCACGCUCUUUAGAUCUCGAUCUAGAUGUGAUCUCUAGCGAGGAACCCUCAGCCAACAGUCCCUCGAAGGCCAGCUCGGCCACAACACCCUCCAGUAACAGUUCGAGCAGCCGCAGCAGUCCACAGCCGCAGGUGUCAACGGAAGCGGCUACCUUGGCCAGUAUUAGAGCUAGACGCCAGCUGUCUAGACCGGAUGUUAGUAAGAUUUCCACCAGUGAAUUGUUGGAGAGAGCACAAGAGACGCGCAAUGCUUUGCAAGCAGAAAUUAGAGCACAAGAAGAAUCUACUCCUAAUGGUGCCCGUUGUGUGGAAAUUGUCAAGGACAGCUGUGGUUUAGGUUUUUCCAUUGAGGGUGGCUUUGAUUCGCCCUUGGGCAAUAGACCUUUAAUUGUUAAGAAGGUAUUUAUGGGAGGAGCCGCCCAAAAAACUGGCCAAGUGCGCAACGGUGAUGAGAUUCUCAGCAUUAAUGGCAGCUCUACCGCCAAAAUGACACGAGUCGAUGCCUGGAAUUAUAUGAAACAACUACCUUUAGGUCCUGUUAAAAUAAUUUUUGCUUAAAUUAGAAUUUUUUUUUUUUAAUAAUAAAUUUAUUAUAUUUAAGUUUAAGUUUUAUUACACAAAAGAAAAAACUAUUAUUUUAUGUUUAUUUUUUUUAUAAAUAUUUACUUAGAAAGUAAAUUUUUUUAAAAAAAACCAUGUAAAAAUUUAUUAACAAAAAAAUCUUGCCAUUAAAAAAGGUUUUUCAUAAUUUUAACAAACAAAACCAAGUUUUGUAAUUGAAAUUUAUUUAAUUCCCAAGCCCAGGCAUUUAAUUCUUUAACAAAAAUUCUUUAAAUUAAACGUGCAAUUUUGUAAAUUUUUCUUGUAAUUUCUUUCUUUAAUUAUAAUUUGUACUUAAAUUAAAAAUUAAAUUUUAAAAUUGUUGGUAUUUUAUUUUAUUUUUUAUGUUUAAAAGCCAUAAUUUAUGAUUUCUCUUUUUUUUAUUUUAGAAAAAAGUGCUUAAUAAUUGCAUUUAUUAUUUAAACAAAACAAAAAACUUUUAAAAAAAAUUUGUAUAUUUUUCUAUUUAAUAAUAUUUUUAUGCAGUCUUUGUAUACUAUAACAUUAUAUAUUAUUUUUAUAAUUAAUUAACUAAAUAAUAAUAUUAAAAAAACCAUAAUACAUAUUUAUAAUUUCUUUAUAUAUAACAAAAAAAAAAACAAAACAUAUUAAUUAUUAUAUAAAAAUAAACAAUUUAUAUUAUACCCAAUAAAUACAUAUUUAAAAAAAUCAAAAAAUAAAAUCAAAACAAA